CACGAAAUAACACGCAUUGUUCGGUAUAAAUGCAGUGAGCAGCAGCAGGUUCACAGAUAAAUAACACGCGGAGCUUCCGUUGGCUCGUUAUACUGGGAUCAGUAGCUUACAACUAUUUAUUUACACUGUACUGUAAAAUUUAAAUUAUUGAUUUAUUCUGUACUAUGGGAACAGAACGAUUCUGGCUGCUGGUUAUCGGAUUUUCUCUUAUUGCGAGCGAACCAAUCUCCAACUCUACUGAAGAAGUGUUUGCUAGAAACUCCACUGAGCUGACAGUGGACUACAGCGACAUCCAGUCCAAGUUCUCCAUCAGAAACCCAGAAUUCCCUGACGAGGACCUUUGCUAUCUCGUCGCGGGACAACAGGACUCUAUUUCGGACUGCAACUUCAAAAAUGAUUCCCAAACCUUCCUCAUUAUCCACGGAUGGUCGGUCGCGGGUCUGUUUGAGAGCUGGGUCUAUAAACUGGUGUCGGCUCUGUUUGAACGUGAACCCAGGGCCAAUGUCAUUGUUGUGGACUGGCUGGAUCGGGCCAAUAAACACUACCCCAAAUCAGCAGAAAACACGAGGCUGGUGGGGGCAGACGUGGCCAAGUUUGUCAACUGGCUGGAGGAGUUGGACUAUCCUCUGGAAAAAGUGCAUCUGUUAGGCUACAGUCUCGGUGCACAUGUGGCCGGCGUCGCAGGAAACCUCACCAACAACAAAGUCAACAGAAUCACAGGUCUGGACCCCGCAGGCCCCAGCUUUGAGAAUGCAGACAGUCCGAGGCGUCUGUCACCUGACGAUGCCACCUUUGUGGACGUCCUGCACACAAACACCAGAGGCUCGCCGGACCUCAGCAUCGGCAUCCAGAGACCCGUGGGUCACGUGGACAUUUACCCCAACGGCGGCACCUUCCAGCCGGGCUGCAACAUUCAGAACACCAUGAAGCUCAUCGCCACCUACGGCAUAUACAACAUGGACCAGAUCGUCAAAUGCUCGCACGAGCGCUCCAUUCACCUCUUCAUCGACUCGCUGGUGAACCGGGCGUACCAGAGCUGGGCGUAUCGCUGCAGCUCCAGAGACGCCUUCAACAAGGGCCUGUGCCUGAGCUGCCGCAAGAACCGCUGCAACAAACUCGGCUACGGCGUCAACAAGAUCCGCAGCGCCAGGAGCGCCAAGAUGUACCUCAAGACCCGCGACAUGAUGCCGUUCAAGGUGUUUCAUUACCAGAUUAAGCUGCAUCUGUUCAGCGACAAAAACAUGACUUUGCUGGAGCAGCCAAUGAAAGUGUCUCUGUUCGGGACGACCGAUGAGAGGGACGACAUCGCUGCCACUGUGCCCAACAUGAGCACGAACAGCACCGUCUCGUUCCUGCUGACGUCUGACAAAGACAUCGGCGAGCUGCUGAUGCUGAGCUUACUCUGGGAGAAAGACUCAUAUCUCUACAGCUUCUUCAGCACCAAUCAGUUCAUGAUCCGCAAAAUGAGGAUCAAAUCUGGAGAAACACAGUCCAAGCUAAUAUUCAGACCUAAAGAAGAAGGAUUUGGUCCGCUGGUUCAGGGUGGAGACGCUGUUGUGUUUGUGAAGUCCAGCGAGACGCCGCAGAGCAGGAGACAGCAGAGGCAGCACAGACUGAAACAUCACGGGAGCUUCUUCAAACGGGGCAUCAAUGAAGCAUCCGCAGAACCGCAAAUGCUCCUAAAAAAUCCCUAUGUUCCUCAAAAAUAGGCUUCAGUGCAACGUAUAAUUUCUUAUUUCUUUCUUUUAAUUUUGGGAUGAAAUAUGAUCCAGUUCUUGACAGGUUUUGUGAGAUUCACUCAAACAUACAUAAAAUGUUAUUUUUGCCCUGUAGACUUAUUGUGAGUUAAAAAAAAAAAAAAAAGUAUAAAUCUAACUUGAUGGAUUCGGUAGUUUAUAGUUCAGAAUAGGUGUUUUAAAAAUAAAACAAGAUGUCAAGAUGAAAAUGACUAAAGUACAAAGUGUGUAUGUAUGAUUAUAGUGGUUUAUACACAUUCAUCAGCUGUAGAUUAACAAUAUUAACUGUGAUUUGAAACUACAGCUACCUCAGUUUGACAAAAAACUAAAUGAAGUCAAUACAAUUUAACAUUCCAGUCAAACAUCUAAAAUUGCCGAUUAAUAUAUUUUCACAUCAACAAAUCAAUGCAAUUUAAUUUUUUUUUUUUUUUGCUGUAUUUCAAGUGAAUACUUCAAGCGUACUGUAUAUUUUUCUUUUAUGUUUUUAGUGGAGGUGCAGUCAGUUUUAACAGUCAGUUAGUCCAGACAAUAUAAUUAUUCAUUUUUAACCUGGGACAUUAUUCACAAACUUUCAAGGAAAAUGUUAUGAUAUUUUUAUCAUGCACAAAUUGAAUUGAAAUGCCUGGCAAUGUGAAUCUGUCAUCAUUCAUAGUGUCACAUACUGUAAGUCCAUAUUUUUUCAUUUGACGCAUAACAAAUGACUUGCUGAAAGCAUCUUGUGUAUUUAUGUAACAUGCUGUUUGAUGUCUGUGUAUAUAGGGUUUGAUUAUUAAAAUCACUACAUAUGUAAAUGUAUCUGAUUAAAUUUAUAUUACUCUA